UUGCAUGGUGUUUUGAUCAAGCGUUGAGGCGUGCAGAUUGGGGAAUUGCAGUAGGUAACAGUUCGAUAAUCCGGAGCGCCCGGAGAAUCGCCAGCCGAUGAGGAGCCCCGUGGCAGGCUACUCCACCCUAGGCUGGUACGCCCACAGAGCAAUAAUGUGGGGAGGGGACUGAGUACAAGUACUCUCGCUCUCCUACAUCGUCCUUCGCUGUUCACACUCUCUGUUGUCACAAGGAGCUGUGUCUAGUGUCGUUCCCAGUCUUUGCAGCGUGCUUUCCAUUCACGAGGCGAGGACUACUUCCCCUGCACUAAACGCGACCGCAUUCGUCAGUCGCAAUCCAUUUUCCUCGGACAUCCGUCCCAAAAAACAGACCCGACUCCUCACGAUGGGUCUCCAGGGCGGCUCCCUGCGCAUGGCGCAGCUCCUCCUCGUUGUGCUCCCUGCUUUCGUCCUGUUUGGGUACAACCAAUCCGGCGUGGGCGGUCUCCUCUCUCUGCGCGACUGGAACGACAACUUUCCGGAAAUCGAUACCAUCGAUGCCACGGGUGCGGAGAAGUCGCACACAUCCACUGUACAGGGUGCAGUCGUUUCCACCUUCACCAUUGGUGCGCUUUUUGGUGCACUGAGCUGCUCCUGGGUUGGAGACGUGCUCGGCAGACGCAAGACCACUCUUGUGGCUGCCAUUCUCACACUUAUCGGCGAGAUUCUCCAGUGCACCAGCUUCUCGCUCGCACAAUUUAUCGUUGGCCGCUUCUUUCUCGGAUGGGGAGUUGGCAUGUUAAGCACCACUGUCCCCGUUUGGCAGUCUGAGUGUGCGUCCACUGCAAAUCGAGGCAAGCACGUUGUCUUGGAUGGGUGUUUCAUUAGCUUGGGCUACACCCUAGAGGCCUGGAUCAACCUCGGAUUCUUCGAGCAGGACAACUUGCCCCUGCAGUGGCGCCUGCCCUUGGCUAUCCCCUGCGUGAUCUCAAUGGUCCUGAUUUCUGCUGUUUUGUUCAUCCCCGAAAGCCCCAGGUGGCUCGUCAACAAGACCAGGGUACAGGAAGCCAAGGAGAGCUUGGCCAGGUUCAAGGGAUUGAGCACUGAAGACCCUGAGGUCGUUGCUGAGAUCGGCGGCAUUGAGCUGGCUCUUGAAGAGACUGGAAGAAGCGCGGCGAAGCUGUCCGACAUCUUCACGAAUGGCAAAGAGCGACUACUCUACCGAUUCUCGCUAUGUAUCUUCCUGCAGUUCCUGCAGCAAAUGUGUGGCAGCAACCUCAUUUCUACAUACUCAACCGUAAGUCACAUCCGACGCUUAUCCCAACUACUAUACUCACCACCCUUGCAGAUCAUCUUCCAGCAAGGCCUCGGCAUGAACGCCGAGAUGUCCCGCAUCCUCAGCGGCGGAGCCCUCACCUGGAAAUUCCUUUCCUGCUUUGUUGCUUUCUUCACCAUCGACCGCUUCGGCCGCCGCAAGCUCUUCAUGUUCAGCGGCGCAGGCAUGGCUUCCUGCAUGCUCGCGUUGGCCGUCGCCUCGAGCUUCCCCAAGAGCAAUCACGCCGCGCAGAUCGCCUCCGCCUUCUUCGUCUUCCUCUUUAACUUCUUCAUCCCCAUCGGCUUCCUCGGCGCAAACUUCCUCUACUGCGCUGAAGUCGCCCCGACACGCCUACGCGUCGCCAUGUCCGGAAUCUCUACAGCAAACCACUGGCUUUGGAACUUCGUCGUCAACAUGGUCACCCCCGUGGCUAUCGAGACGAUCGGCUGGAAGUACUACCUCGUCUUCCUCUGCAUCUCGGCCAUCAUUAUCCCCGUGGUGUUCCUCUUCUACCCCGAGACUAUGGGCCGCAGUCUGGAGGAGCUCGAGAUGAUGUUCUCCGAGGGCAAGUCGAUUACGGGCAUUGUGCGGGAGUCGCGGAAGCCGCUCAACGGCGGGCUGCUGCCGGAACGGUACCAGGAGAAGCUGGAGAAGACCGAGGACGAGUACGCGUGAAGGGCACUGGAUCUGAGACGGCGAGAUGGAUUUUUGAUACGAGGGAGAAGUCACGAAUUCAUGAGUUAUGUAUCGUUAGCCAAAAUGCGCUAGAGAACGAAAAAUAUGAGGCUUUUCGGGAAAAUUCGGGUGGUGAUCCACUUAGUCCAUGUUCCUGCCAACGUGCGCGCUGAUAAUGUCGACGCUUUAGAGCUUCGUGCGAGGGGUUGUUGUGUCACAUGGACAAGUAAAGUGGGCUUGCAAGGACCGGUGGAAGAGAAUAGAAAGGCCGAUCCAUGCGAGUGCACAUAU